CUUUGGUAUACGUUUGCGACCCCAAUGUUAUUCGGCAAACUUUCAGAUAAAACUACAAGGUUAAAUUCAUCCAUACAUUGUUUUUUGAUAGCAUGCUUCUGAACUGAGAUAAUAGCAAAUGAAUAUAAAUCUUUGCAAAUGAAUGGUUGCAACCUUGAUAUUUGCAACAGGAGUUUCUCCAGGAUUUUUUCCCUGGAACCGGAAUUUCUCCAGGAAUUUUCCUAAAAAUUCCUCAACUAACUAUUCUAGGAAUUCCACCUAAGGUUUCUCGAAGAGUUUUUUUUUAUUUCUUCUUCAGGAAGUUUUCAGAAAUCCUCGUGCGAUCCCUCAAAAUCUUCCCUGAUACUUCUUCAGUUAUUCCUCUAAUGAUUUUUUCAGGAAUACGUUUGAGCUUUUGCAAAUUUUUAAGAAAUUUCAUUUGAGAUUCUUUCAAAAACUUAAGCUCAAAACUCUUGUGAAAUUCCUCCACAUACUUUUUAAAAUUUCUUCAAAACACCAGCAGAGAUUGUUUCAGAAAUUCUUCCUAAGGUUCUUCCAAGAAUUCCUUGAAAAAUUCGUUCAGGAUCUUCUCAAUUCCUUCAGAGAUUUGAUUUUUUUAAGAUGUUUCUCCGGGGAUAUUUUAUUCAAAAGAAAUUCUUCAAUGUUUCUGGAGGGGUUCCCAUACAUAAAUUCCUGAAGCAAUUUCUGAUGAUACAUAUCUCAGGGAGAAUUCCUGGAUGAAUGUUCAGGAGAAAAUCAGGAGAAAUUCUUAAAGAUACCUCCUUAGAUCCUAGAAUAAAAUCAUGAGAAGUUUUUGGAGGAAACUUUCUCUAAAAAAAAUCUUGAUAGCCUGGAAAUCCGUAGAAAGAUUUCCGAAGGAACCUGUUAAAAAACUAUGUGGAAAAAUCCCUGCAGAAAUUACAGACAAAGGUACUGAUAAGAUUCUUGAAGAAUUCCCUAAAUGAAUUCCUGAAGGAUUCUUGGGGGAUUUUCUGAAGGAAUCCUUGGAAGACCUUUUAGACAUACCUCUGGAGAAUUCUUAAAAAAAUAUCUUAUAAAACUUCUGUAGGGAUUAGUACACAAAAUUCCCUGAAGGACUGAAAAAAUCUGAAGAAACCCCUACAUAAACAAAAAAAAAAUCCAGGAGGGAUUUUUAUUGUGAAUCACUGAAGAAAUUGUUGAUAAAAAAAACUGCAGUUUUGAAGAAAUCCUUGAAAUACUACCAGGUAUUCAAGGAAAUGAUGCAGGUAUUCAAAGAAGAAUUUCUUGGAAAAAAUAUCUUGGAAAAUGCCAAGGAACCUUGAAUAGUGCCUGUAGCAGCUGCCGCUUUAGAGAAAUCCCUGAAGCAGUACCGGACGAGUUUCUGAAAAAAAAAACCAAGAAAGGUCUGAAUGCAUUCAAAGUUAUCCCUGAAACUUCUGGAGAAGCCUCUGGAAGAAUUUCUAAAAGAAUCUCUUGAAAAUUUUUAUAUAAAUGUUUGAGAGAAUCCCUAAAUAUAUAGAAUUAUAUAUAAAGGUACCUUUGAACAAAUUCCAACAACAAUUUCUGAAAGAGUUAGGGGAAAAAUUUCAGAAUUUCUAAAGGAAACCCCAAGAGGAAAUAAUAUCCAUGAAAAAAUCUCUUGGAAUUGCAUUGUUUGAAGAAAUCUUUAAAGAAUUACCUGGAGAAACCCGUGGAGUAAAUGCGAGAAGAAUUUCUUGAUAAAUUUCUCGAAUAAAUCUGGAGAAAUCCCUAAGGAGCAUCCUGGUUGAUUUAGUUCAGCAAUGGUUGCAGAAACACAUGAACUGUAGCAAUUCUGCUGAAAUCUUUCUAAGAGACCUUCUUCUUUAUAAACAUCCGGGGAAAAAAGAUAAAUCCUGAUGGAAUCCCAAAGAAAUUCCUGCCUGGAGGUUCUCAUGAAAAAAAAUCUAAAGAAGUAAAUUGGAAGGAAUACAUUUUAAAAGAAAUCAAGAAGGAAAAGAGAUUCUUGCUGAACUCAAUUAAUUCGAGAAUGACCUUCCCGCUAUAAUUACAGGAACAAAUUGUGAAAAAAAUAAUUUAUAAAGGACGUUUCCUGGGAUCUUAAUUGGACGCAAUAUUGAACUUGAUCUUGUAUUGGCUUCUCGAAUCCUCCAAGCAGAAUACCCUCUUCGAAUGAGUGUAAUCAGUUUCGUACCUUUUAAUUCCCCCUCUUUUUCUUAUCCUUUAACAGAUACUUGUAUUUCGACUACCAUUUGUAAUUUUCCUAAGCGUCAGAUAUCCACUUAUAUUGAAUAGAGGCUAUUUGGAAAAUAUGAGUAAUUAGCUCUUAUUUUUCCAUUAUAGUGCUGGUGUUGAUCUGCGGUUCACUGAAGCUUCCUCUAACAAACCAAAUACCUAUAGGCAGUAAGUUCAAGAAAGUGCUUCUUGUUUAUGAUGAAUGAGUAGUGGGAUAACGUCAAAGAGAACUUUAAGCGUAGCCGAAGAGAACGCUCUAGGCAUCGCUAUUAAGCACAUCCUUUUGAGAUGGCCUAAUUUUGAUUGGAUCAUUCUCACGUCGCCACCAUACAAGACACCCAUAGACCAAUAUUGGUCGAACAACAGUUGUGUAAAUGGAUUUGAUAUACUUGGGUUUUAAACCCCAAGUUUUACCAAAGGUUCGCUAGCAUUGCCAUACAAGUUUUCUUGAUUCUGAACUCAAUAUCAGGUGUCCAGAAAAGCUUGGAAUACAGUAGCUACCCAUCUGCCGGGUACGACGCACGCGGUAUUGAUGAGCUCUGCCGGAUAUUUUUUUUAUUACUGCAUAGCAGCGGUGCUAUUAUUUGCCUGUCGUUUUGUUCUUUGACCGACUUGGAUACUUUGUGAAACUGACUUUCUUCCUUGAGCCAUGAGCGGAAUGUUUAUUAACACCGUUGAAUUUCGAUUCUCGGUGGAUUCCCCCCGGCCGUCGUGGACCGAUAUCGUCGAGUUUGUAAAGCAGCUGGAUGGCGAUUUGACCCUCGUGGAAAGCGUCUAUAACAUGACGGAGAGCCGGAGCAUUUGCAUCAAAUUUGCUUCAGAAGCAGCGAUGCUGGAGUGUCUACGAAAAAAUCCGGACCCACGUAAAAUUGUGUACGCAAAUGGAAAUUCGGUAGAAGUGUGUAUUAUGGCAGCGGGCCGUAAUGUACAUUAUGUGCGGGUGUUUGACAUUCCACCGGAAGUUUCGGAUGAUGAUUUGGUCACGGUAUUUAAUCAAUACGGAAAAGUAAAGAGAACGGUUCGCGAAAAGUUCCCAACUGGCCUAGGAUUGAAUCAUGUGCACACUGGCGUUAGGGGUGUGUACAUUGACAUCGACAAGGAAAUUCCACCAUUGAUUGAAGUGAACAAGCAAAGAGGAAAAGUGUUUUACGACGGACUGAAGGACAAGUGUUUCUUUUGUCACUCAGUAGGACACCGGAGAAACGCCUGCCCAGCAAGGAAGAAGACCAACAAGCCUAAAACUUUUGCCAAAAUAGUCAGUACAGGACAAGUCGAAACAGUUAUUGAGGAAUCGGAUCCAAUAGAUGACAAUGUCGUGGAAGUAGUUGAAGAAAUGCUCGAGGAAAAUCCGUUAGUGCAGAAAUCAAGCGACAAAGAGGAAGAGAAGUCAAAAUCGGCUAUCAACGAUGAGUACUUUGAGCGAACCUUUGGUAUUCCGAAUGCUACACAGCUAGCGAACAAUUUCGACGCCAUGAUGAAGGAGAAAACCAAGAAACUGAUAGCAAGCCAGCGUCGGGCUCAAUUUGCUUCAUCGGCUUCAGGAUCCACAACAGAUCGCACUCCCCCGAGAAAGAGUUCGCGCAAGAAUUCAAAGUGAAUUGUAUGUAAAAUGAAGAAUAGCUUUAGAAUAACAUUUUGUUAUUUCAUAAGAAAUUCGACUCCGUUAAGUUUUAUAUAAAACGCCAGAGCCUUAUAAAUAAACGAAUUGGAAAAAAAAGCUUGGAAUUACAUAAGAAGUACUUCACGUACUUUACUCAUUCAGUCACAUCACAUCGAUGUCAGAUUCAAAAAGACGCCAAAGAAGAACACCAAUGCGGUUCCACUGCUCCGUGAAAAAAACAAUAGAUGUUUUAUUUACCUUACAAAGAAUUCUCGAAUGUGCACAUAGCAUUCCCAAGCUAGCAACUGAAUGUUGUAUGGUCACCUAUGCUUAUGUUAUGAAAAAAGUUCAAUAUCUACGUAAAUGUUUACUAGAAACUUGGUACUCAAACAUUCAAAUGCAGUAGAGUUACCACUACUUUGUUGUAGUUUAAAGCAAACUUCAAAGAGGCAACAUUCAUUUCCCAUUCACUUUUCAUUCGGCACAGGAACGUUCAAAAGUUUUUUUUUUCAGUCCUCAUCGUUCCCACAAACCUGUAAUCAGCCUUCCACUUUUCCAGCAAUUUUAAAAAGAGACAGAAUUGUACGGCCAACCAAGGACCUUGUGAAUUAUUCAGCCUUCUAUUACAAACGCAUCAAUUUUUAAUGUCGCUGCUGUUGCCAUUCGCCAGGCAAACAUCCCCAUAGGUUGGCUUCCGCACGAAAUUGCCACCGUUAAUUUGUAUUCCGUAGGACGGUCGGAAGCGGAACCCCGAUUCGGACUGUAAUGGAAAAUCUAAACGAUUUGCGAACAUUUUCAUUUCAGAAUUCUGGUUUUUAUUUGUACUAAUUCGUAUAGAUUUGCGGGGAAAAUCCAUACAUGUAACUCAAAUGCCCAACAUUAUCAAACGAAUAGAAAGCAUUUCCUCAUAAAAUCCAAUUGCACCGUUCCACAUUCCGACCCAUUUGGUUCAUGGAGAAUUCUUCACCUACAGAGUCGGUUACUACCUGAGCUGUAACUUGUCGCAUUUGAUGGGAUUAAAUUGAUGGGAAAUAAAGAGCGUAAUUUUUGCCAAGGGGAUCGCGAAAACUGUUUCCCUCCAUUUGCGCUACGUGAUAAUGAGAGUUAAUGUAUCGGUGGGCCAUUGCGCGGGUGCUUUCGCUAGGAUUUUUUCGAUGAUUCUGUGCUGAGGAGCAGAGGUUCUAAAAAAACGUGUCAUUAAUGUUGCUUCUGGUAUAACACCUGCCUAGAAUCAAACCUGGUGCUUACCGAAGGGCAGAACACUACCCGUUCAAACAGCAAUGAUAUAGCAACGUGUAAACUGUGUAAAAAGUGACACAUUUUCAGUGUGAUUUUACAUCGCACCAUCCCACCAGGUACGAUAAUAGUAGGGGAGACUGAGGAGACUUGAUCCCUGGGGAGACUUGUUCCCCCUAUAUUUGCUCGGAAUCAAAAACAUUUUUCUUCUAGCAUAUUUUUUCCAAAACUACUCCUGGACAAACGACUAUGUUUUGGCUACAAGUGAUUUCGAUUGUACAUUGCAUUAUUUUUUAACGGCUGAUGGUUUGUUUUCAGUCCUUCAGAAAUCUUUUAGGCGAUUCCGAAAAAUCUCAAUAACUUUGUUAAAAUUGAAUUAAAUCGUGCCAAAAUUUCACAGCACACAGUUUAAAUAAAAUACUUUCAAACUUAUUUAUCCAAAUAAGGCUGUUGUUAACAAAUUUUAUUUAAUUCAGCUUAGUAUACACAACAGUGACAUGGGGAGACUUGAUCCCUCGAGGAUUACACACACAUUAUACAUGUGAAAAAUAAUAUUCUAUUCGGAAGCUUUUAUUUACUUGGAAUUCUCGUUUAUUCAACGAUAAAAUGAGUCAGAUAAUUAUAACUUUAGUACAAACCAAGAAAAGAGGGAUCAAGUCUCCCCAUUUUGAAAAUACGGCAUAUCCUUAAAAAUUUAAGGCAAUCUUACAAUUUCAAACACUCCAUAUUCAUCGAAAAUACAAGAAAACUCGAAAAGAAAAUGAAUAGGAAGACUCUGGAAUUAUUUUCCCUUUAAAUAAACCAUGUGCUCAAAGGGGGAUCAAGUGUCACCUAUUUUUGAAAAAUACAUCAUAAGACAUGCCUCCAUAAAAACACAGUUCUGAGAACUUUAACAAUAAUUUAAAAGCCUUCUGUUGUGUAUUAACUUGCAAUAGAUGUUUACCUGCCAUUUUGUACGGAAAUCGGAUCUAGUUUUGUGUUUUUCUUAAAGUUUCAGGUAAAUUAAGAAAAAGGGAUCAAAUCUCCCCAGUCUCCCCUACCGACCGGAGCAGAUAGACAGAGGCACGGUGAGAAUCUGAAUAAUGGAGUCGUGCUCCUGAUGCUUUUUUUUUGUAUGGAGUGGAGGUUCCUUUUGCUACCACUGACUGUGUACUGCGUUCAAACUUACCAAGGGCUAAAGCGUGUGCGAGCGUCCUCAGCUACUAUACAGCAGAACUGGUGGGUGUCCUUUAUUGUAGUUGCUUUUCCAGCUCGUUUGACAGUGAUAAAGAGUGAAAAGCGGUACGAUGAGUACGGUUAAAAGCACUUGUUUGACUUUAAUUAUCAUACUUUUUUUGUGGUGCCGUCAGCCCAGACCGAGAGCAGAAACCUCUACGGUGGGAUUUAACAAUGUUUGAAAGAUACAUGGUGUGGUGUACAGGUGUAUUGGUUCAUGGAUAGUUUUUUUUUGUAAAAUGGUAGUUAGUGAAAGAAUUGCGUGACUCGAAUAACGAAUGGUAAUAUCGUCGGUUUCCUGCAAUAGGGGCACAAUUCAAAAAAUGUGAAUUUUCAGAAUAAGCGUUUGAAAAUUGGCAAUCAUAAAGCACCUCCUGCAAAUUCACUUAUUUCUCUCAUCAUUUGACAAAAGUAAACAAAUUUUGAUUGUUGUAUCAUUGAAAGGGGCUGAAGGACUACCUGUUUCAUGAAUUUUUGACAACUAUUUUUCAACAACUAUUGAAAAAGUUGACUGAUUUUGAGUUGUGCCCUUACUGCGGAAAAUUGGUGAAAAUGCCCAAAUCUCGCGUUUCACAACGAGUUUUGGAUCUUUGGGUCUUUGUGAGAUGAAAUUUGAUGAGUUGUGCCCCUAUUGCAGGAAACCGACGAUAUAAGUAUGUACUGCACCAUUGACGCAUCAUGACGGAGGGUUGCAAUGAUGAAUAAAAAACACGUUCAUGAAUGAGGAUUUUUUUAAUGUAUAUGGACACUGCUCGUAAAUUCAUCCAAUUCAAUACGAAAGAUUAAAGCGGUAAUCAUUUGUUCCUUGUUUUUUUUAUAUAUUUAGUUUGAAGUUAGUAUUUAAGAUAGCAAAAAAAAAUGAAUUAGUUGUUGUCGUAAUCACUUGGGCACAUUUAAUGUUAAUAUCUUAAUGUUUAAUAUCUGGACCUCCAGCAUUUAAAAGUAUAGUGACCCUAGAAAAGAACAUUUGAGGGGGUUAGAAGCAAAGAAUUGUAAGCAUGAGCAUGAGCAUGAGCAUAGAUGACCACACAAUUCGUAGUUGGUACUCCGUGAUUGACCAGAGCAAUCGAAAUUGCACAAGGAACCAAUGACUAGGGCUUGGGAUUAGCUUACUAUUCUCAAUGUACACAGUUCGAGAGCUCUUGACUUUAGUAAGGCGCCGGCCACGUCCUUGCGGUCAUCGAGGAUGGAAGGGAAUGUUAGUGAGACAAACGUUGUUAUGAAGACCGCGAAUCGCUGCAUCUCCACGUACAUUGUCAAUCUGGGAGUCACCUAUGGUUGGCGAUGUGAUUUGACAAUGGAUCAAUAAACUUUAACUUUCGCGCUCAAUCGUCCACUUUCUAUACCAAAACAUAUAUAUUAAAAUAAAUCCGGUCGCGCGUCUCCACCCCAUCAGGGACAAGAAAAUUUAAGCCCAUUCCACGCAGGAAUAAACUAAACGCAACAAAGGACACAUCAGUAAACCAAAGCAUAUGCAUUCACAACAUGGUACAUUGUAAACACUAAACA